AUGUUCAAUACAAAUGGAUUUCAGCGGAGAACCUUCAGUGGUGCCAAUCAAGAAAGUCCACUAGACAGUUCUCCUUACAGUUUCGAUAAUAAAUCAAACAUGAAUCGUCAAAUUCUUAUUAAUGUGAUCAAAAUGAGGUUGCUCAACGCUGGCAAAGACGAUAGUGAGACUAACCAAGACGACAUUGUUCUUCCUGCUGACUAUGGUCUAAGCAUAAUCUCAAUGUCGGCCGCUAAGCAGAUAACAGCUUGCAUUUUAUUCAAAAAUAAUACUCUUAAUUUGAAAGGUGCAUUGAGAGGAAAAAGAGCAGCUUCAGGAUUGCAAGAGGGUCUCGUCGCCCUAACUGCUGCUCAGAUAAUUACUUCAACAGGGCAUGGAAGAUUAGGCCAUGCAGGAGACGCUGCUGAGAAUAAGAUAGCCAAUUUCGGUGGUAAUUCUGUUGCUGCUGGUUCAACAUUAAGAUCUCUUAACGAAUCUGCAUCCAAGGUGCUCAAAACCUGUUCUCAUUCAAAUAGAAUCAGACAUGAUUGGUUAGAUCUUAGAGAGUCUCAGGAAAAAAGUUUUGCUAAACAAAGCCGAGGAAAAGUCAAGAGAAAGACCAAAGCAAUGCUAAUUGAAGCAAAUGUUGUCGAUUAUCUGGAGAAUGAAGCUGUGAAGUGUAGAGAUAACUGGUUGAACUUGAAUUGCACACCACAUGAUGGUCAUUUUUUGUCGCUUCAUGAAUCAUUAUAUAAGGCAAGAUCAACUACCGUUAUGUUCAAGAUUCACAUCUGUUCUCAAGAAAAUGAAGGACCUAAUGUCGAUGACAAUAAAACUGCUUCAAAGAAUGAAGUUGCAUCCACUGAUGAUCAUGAAGAAGUUGCUGAUGGCAGCACUGAUGAAUACUCUGUUAACAAUCGACAUGGUGUAGCCAAAAGAGAUCGUCAAGAACAACCUAUUGAGUUUCAAUAUUUAGUCAAUGAAAAUACUAAUUCCAGAAAUGACGUUGAAGACAGAUUUCAUAUUAACGCAUUGCCUAUCAAUAGUGUUUUCAUGUUGGAUGAUUUUUCAUUCGAAAAUGACCCUGUUGUUGUCGUUAGAUCGUUUCAAAGAGUUUAG